AUGGAAAGGUUGUUGAGUCUAGGUGCAAGAGUUCCAGGGUUGGGCCAGGGCUCUCCUCCAACUGAUGCCCCAGUUGUUGACACAGCUGAACAAGUCUACAUCUCAUCUUUGGCCUUACUGAAGAUGUUAAAACAUGGCCGUGCUGGUGUUCCUAUGGAGGUGAUGGGUCUGAUGUUGGGGGAGUUUGUUGAUGAUUACACUGUCCGUGUUAUUGAUGUUUUUGCCAUGCCACAGUCAGGAACGGGUGUGAGUGUAGAGGCCGUGGACCCAGUUUUCCAGGCCAAGAUGUUGGACAUGCUCCGACAGACUGGAAGGCCUGAAAUGGUGGUAGGAUGGUACCACUCCCAUCCUGGCUUUGGUUGCUGGCUGUCUGGAGUGGAUAUCAACACUCAACAGAGCUUUGAGGCCCUCUCCGAGCGGGCUGUCGCAGUUGUGGUCGACCCUAUUCAGAGUGUCAAAGGAAAGGUGGUGAUUGAUGCCUUCAGGCUGAUCAACCCCAACAUGAUGGUGCUGGGUCAGGAACCCAGGCAGACCACCUCAAACCUUGGCCACCUCAACAAGCCUUCCAUCCAGGCACUCAUCCAUGGGUUGAACCGGCACUACUACUCCAUUGCCAUCAACUACAGGAAAAAUGAGCUGGAGCAGAAGAUGUUGUUGAACUUGCAUAAGAAGAGUUGGGUGGACGGCCUACAGCUGCAGAACUACUCUGAGCAUUGUUCCCUGAAUGAGACAACUGUUGGGGAGAUGCUAGAGCUGGCCAAGAACUACCACAAGGCGUUAGAAGAGGAAGAAACAAUGACCCCAGAACAACUAGCCAUCAAACAUGUGGGGAAGCAGGACCCAAAGCGCCACCUGGAGGAAGCCGUCGGAGUGAUUAUGACCAAGAAUAUUGUCCAGUGCUUGGGUGCCAUGCUGCACACCGUCGUCUUUAAAUAA